AUGAGUUCUUUAGAAAAGGCAAUCAAAGCGGAUGCCCAAUACAAAGACGCUCAACAGAUCAUUAAGCGUAUAAGAUAUUGCAUGCUCAUUACUGGAACAUGGCCGAUUUCAAACCCGGGAAUUCUAUAUCGUGCAAUACCCUAUGUCACUGCGUUAUCCCUUGCUACACUGGGUAUCGCACUUAUGUGGUUUACUAUCGUCAACAUCACAAAUAUCACCAUCAUGGUGAAAGGAUUCAGUUUAGGCGUCAGCUGUAUAUCCAUGCUUUUCAAGGUAUUUCUCUUCACAUUCUACAAGGAAAUGGUCAAUGAGUUAUAUACGACCCUUCAUGACUAUUAUACGGAAUCCCUAGCCGACAAAAAAUUCCGAUAUAUGGUUUUGGACGGAAUAGGUGACUUCCGACGUUUAUUUUGGCUCCUUUCUGCUAUUGCUCAUAUUGGUUGUAUAAUGUACACAGUGAUGCCCAUAAUAUUCAUGAUAAUUCAAAUUCGGCGGCAUGUACAUCCUCUAAAAUAUCUUCUUCCGGUGUCUGCUCUAUUUCCAUGGGAAAUAACUCCUGGGGGACUAGUGUAUAAAAUAACUUACGUAUACGAGUCCUAUAAUAUAUGGUGCCUAUAUUUCAUAACUGUUGGAAUGGAUCCACUCUUUGUAUAUUUUGUUUAUCAAAUAAUUGGACAGCUUCGAGUUCUGGGAUACGAAAUAUCGAAUUUACCACUGGCUGACAAUCUUGAUGGAUUUUUGCGCCAAUGGGUCAGCAAAUUUUUGGUAUUGAGAGGCUGUUGUGAAAAACUACAAACUGUUUGGGGACCUCUCAUCUUGUGGCAGAUUAUCACCAACUCAGCUAUAAUUUGUACUGUCUUCUUCCAAAUUUCACAAGGCGAAAUUACUGUGGUAAAGGCUCUUACUAUUCUCACCUAUAGUGGCGGAAAAAUAUUGCAGUCUUAUCUGUAUAGCUGGGCUGGGUCUUACCUGACUGCCGAGAGCGAAGUGCUGACAGAAACAGUAUAUUUCAGCGAUUGGCUGGGGAAGGGACGUCAUCGUUAUAGAACAUCAGUCUUGGUAAUGUUGACACAAAAGCCUCUCCAAGUUAUAGCCGCAAAUUGGGUUCCCGUUUCCCUUAAUCUAUUUGUCAUGACCUUGAAUACGGCCGUGUCUUACUUUUUCUUACUGCAGACAUUCGAAGAGAAACAGUCGUAGUCCGAU